AUGACUCUCUCUUCAGAGAACUGUUCCGAAUUUCAGUACCAGGUACUUCAGAGAAGUCAAACCCUUGAUGCUAAUUGUUUGCUAUUCUUGAUUAUCCUUGGGAAAAUGUUAUUAAAUAUCCUCACACUGAAAAUGAGAAGAAAAAACAUCUAUCAGAAUUUUAUGGAAUGCUUUUGCAUCUCACUGGCAUUCAUUGACCUUUUACUUUUGGUAAACAUUUCUGUUAUAUUUUAUUCCAGAGAUUUUGUACUUUUAGGUAUGAGGUUUACUAAAUACCACAUCUGCCUGUUGACUCAAAUUAUUUCUUGUACUUAUGGCUUUCUGCAUUAUCCAGUUUUCUUCAUUACUUGCAUAGAUUAUUAUUUGAAUUUCUCUAAAACUAUCAAGCUUCCAUGUAAGUGGCAAAAAUCAUUUUACUUCUCUACAGUCAUUUUAAUUUGGAUUUUUGUCCUUGCUUAUGUUUUGGGAGACCCAGCCAUCUACCAAAGUCUGAAGACACAGGGUACUUCUCCCUCUCAAUGUUCUGUUUAUGUUAGUGUGCAGGGCUACUGGUUUUCAUUUUCUAUGGUAAUUAUUCUAUUUAUGGCUUUUGUAGCGUCCUGGCCAGACAUUUACACCUUGGUACAGGCCAUCAGGAUCACUUCUUAUAAGAAUGAGACUAUUUUGUAUUUUCCCUUCCCAUCUCACUCUAUUUAUAACAUAAACUCUAAAAAAGCACUUUUGCCCAGGUUUGUUAUCUGUUUUCUUGGUACCUGGUCACCGUUUGUACUCCUUCAAGUAAUUAUCCUUUUAUUUAAAGUACAGAUUCCAGCAUAUAUUGAGUUGAAUAUUCCAUGGUUGUUUUUUGUCAAUAGUUUUCUCAUUGCUACAGUUUAUUGGUGUAACUGUCAAAAGCUUACUUUACAAAGUAUUGUAUUACCUAGGGAUCCAUUUGUCAACUGGAAAUGCUGUUUCAUUCCCUUUACAAUCAAUAAUUUUGAGCAAAUUGAAAAGCCUAUAUCAAUAAUAGUUUGUUAA